CGGCGACUCGUGCUAAUGAAGGCUUUCCUCUCCCCCACAGAUGAGCUGGAGUCGCAGGUCUUCCCGGGCAACAAGAGUGAGGUGGAUCAUUUUCGUCUCCUGCAGAGGGAUGGUGACUCUCUCCUCAUUGGCGCAAGAAACAUCGUCUACAACAUCAGCGUCCACAACCUGCAGGAGAAUCUUAGUCAGAGGAUAGUAUGGUUCUCCAAGCAAACCGACAGCUCCACCUGCUUCACCAAGGGCAAAUCAGCGGAUGAAUGCCAAAACUACAUCCGGGUCUUGGCCAAGGAGGGCGAGGGGAAGUUCCUGGUCUGCGGCACCAACGCCUACAAGCCCCUCUGUCGCCACUACGCCCAGCAGGCGGAUGGAAGCUUCAACUUUACCGAGACUAACGGGGCGGGCAAGUGUCCCUACGACCCGCGCCACAACUCUACCUUCGUCUACGUAGACGGCGAGCUGUACUCCGGGACCGUGACAGAUUUCUCGGGCACGAACUCCCUUAUUUUCAGAGAACCCCUGAAGACCGACAGCAAUGACUACAAUCAGCUCAAUGCACCCGAUUUCGUGCACUCUUUCGAGUACGAGGACUUCGUAUUCUUCUUCUUCCGAGAGACCGCGGUCGAGUACAUGAACUGCGGGAAGCGCGUGUACUCCCGCGUGGCGCGCGUCUGUAAGGGCGACCGAGGCGGCGGCCAGGCGCGCUUCAGGAUCUUCUGGACGUCGUUCCUCAAGAGCAGACUCAACUGCUCCGUGCCCGGGGAGUACCCGUUCUACUUCGAUGAGAUCCAGUCCACCACGGACGUCAUCUCGGGCAUCUACGGCGGCGAGAGGCACCAGCUGAUCUACGCCGUCUUCACCACGCCCUCCAACUCCAUCCCGGGGUCGGCGGUGUGUGCCUUCUCCAUGCGCUCCAUCCUGGACGCCUUCGAGGGAGCCUUCAAGGAGCAGGAGACCAUGAACUCCAACUGGCUGCCCGUCAGGUCCCAUGACGUUCCGGAGCCACGGCCAGGGAGCUGCGUGGAGGACAGCCAGACACUCCCGGAGGACAACAUCAACUUCGCCAAGUCUCACUCGCUGAUGGACGAGGCUGUGGCAGGAUUCUUUGAGCGGCCACUUCUCAUGAAAGCUUCCUUCAAAUAUCGCUUCUCCAAAAUCGCGGUCGACCCUCAAGUGACUUUCCUGGACGGCAAGACAGUCGAUGUUCUCUUCAUCGCCACGGACAGCGGCAUCAUCUUCAAGGCCAUCAACACCCAGACGUCAGCAGGAACCAGCAACAUUGAUCCUGUGGUGAUUGAGGAGAUCCACGUCUUUGAGGAGCCUGUGCCCAUCAUGAACCUGCAAAUAGCCCACCAAAGUAAUGGGGAGAGCAAACUCAUAAUCAUCACCGACUAUGAAGUGAAGUCCAUCGAUCUCCACCGCUGCCAGAGAGCCACCACCUGCAGUGCUUGUGUGGGACUGCAAGACCCUUACUGUGCUUGGCACGAUGCCUCCAACCUCUGUGGCCCUCCAGAGCCCAAGGCAUCUGGCCCCAUUUACCAGAAUGUCUCAGGCUACCACCAGCAGUGCCCAUACAGCGCUGACAGUGAAUCCUCAAACCCCUCCACGCCGAUACAAACAACUGAGGCCCCGAGCCCCCCAGAAGUGGAAACGUGUGCUCCCUGUGUAUGUCCUGAGCCUUCCUCCCCGCGCCCGCCCCCCGUUACCGAUCCUGUGCCCACGGAGGGAUCGGUGGAUCACUCAACUAUUUUUGAUCCUCUGCUUGAUGAGGAGGAAACAUCCAUCGAGAGUAAUAAAAUUCCCCAGCUGCCGCCGACACAGGAAAACACUAAACGCACCAACAGUGUUCCAAACAGUGUCUCUCAGGAGGGAGACUUGACCAAUGAGAUCCUGCUGGAUGCCGUUGGAAGAGAGAAGGGCCAGGAUGUCGGCAUUGCUUAUGCUGAAGGCGGGAUCACCGGUCCAGUGGUAGGGGCAUCCCUUGAGGGUCCGCCCAUCUACUCCGCCGAGACGCUGGCCAUCGCCGUCACCACCGCCUGUGUCGCUGCUCUUGUCAUUGGCUUCAUCUCUGGGUUCCUUUUUUCUCGCAAGUGCCGGGGGGACGAGUAUGCCCACACAUACUCGGAAACUCCCUAUUUGGAUUCAAAACUCAACAAGAGAGACAACCUAGUACCAGCGGCGGACCCAAACAUGUACACGGCCAACAACAAGCACAUCAACAACCUGGUGACCAACUAUAACCCAAAAAACAUUAAUGGCAAGUCCAACACCAACACCACCACGGACAGCAAGCUGCUCAAGCCUGCCAAGUGUGCCUACAUCUGAACCACCAGGGAGCGUUGAGCCUGUUGUUGGCCCGACCCGUUUGUAUCUCAUUAGCUUAGCUGGAGUGUAAGAUGACCACUGUCGCCAACUGACUGCAGAGGCUCUGGAGAUGCCUUGAAAACAGAGGCUCUCCAGCAACACAGUGUUCCUCUUCACUUGCUGAGGAUAACACAGAAGCCUCAAGCCAAGUUCUCUUCAUGUGAUGACAGUGGAUGAUCAUUAUAUGCUAGUUACACACCUUUAAAGGCUAAGUUUAUAGACAAUGCAUAUGUUAUUUCAUUUAAAGUGGAACAUGCACACUUUCUAGUGCAUGCUCUAUAUAUACUAUAUGAUGGGGAGGUAAGGGAGAAGACGAGGAAGAAAAGAUGAACCGUACAUGAUAACGUGUGAGUGUGUGUGUGAUGGAAGUGAUGGGACGGACUGCGUGUGACACAAGCCCAACAUUCCACUCCAGCAGUGACUAUGUGAAGGUGAUGGAUGGCUCAAGUAAGUGUAGAAGAAAAGCACAGCAUCACUGUUGCCAGAAAAGUGUUCGAUAUUGAUGAAAGUGUUUGCAUCUGCAGAAUUGCAAAGUGUGUCGACAGAUCAUAUAUUAUUAUUCUCUAUUUACACAGCUGUAUUCUUCAUGUUACAAACUAAAUACCUAUACAGAAGGAAAGAUGUAAGGUAGCUGGGCAUAAUGGGGUUUUAAUGGAUAAUAAGUGCAUGGAAGGCCAACAAGGUCAGAGGUUAAGGAAAUAAGUUACUUGAUGCAGAGUGAAACCUGCAGCAUUGUUAAAAUUUUAAACACAACUUGUGACAUAUGAGAUGUUCACUUUUUAUUCAGGUUUACAAAGUUUAUGUUUAUUGACACCCUGAAUAAAGAAACAAGUCCAAGAAGUAAGGAUUAUUGAACUUAAGAAAAGAAAAAGAAAAGGUUCUUUGUACCAACACACAGUUAUCAGUCUGAAAGGCAGAGGAAGACAUUAAGGGGGCGACACAUAUUAGUGAAGGGAAUCAAUUUUAUCAGCUUUUUUUUUUUUUUUUUUUUUUUUUUUUUUUUUUUUUUUACAUCAGAAAGACAUAUAUGAAGUUUGACAAUUAUGAUUUUGUAAAAAGAUGAACUAGUCACAUUAUUCAUGAUCACACCAAGUUUUUAAUAUUAUUGUCAAAGAAGUAUUCAGCUAUUUAUAAUGCCACUGAAUUUCCGCUCUUACCAUCCACAUGACCUCUGCAUGUCACUAAUACAGGUCCGGAAACGGAUUUGCCGGCGCCGGGAUCGAACCCGCGACCGGCAACAUCUGCGUGUCACGAAACACACGAGAAAUUAAUCCAGAUCAGUCGCUACAUAACUAUCAUUUUUUUAUUAGCUUCUCAAAUAUUCAUGAUCGUUGCCGCAGUCUGACACAACAUUCAUUAUUCUUGUCACGAUUUAUGUCUAGUUCUUGUUUGUAAGAUUAGUCAGUGAAAACACUUUCAUGGCUUUUUGAACCCCAAGCCGAAUAGUUUACAGCGUACAGUACUUUCAAGAUGAAUCUCCUGCGGCAUUUAAAUCCCUUGCCCCGUGGCCGCCAUGAUUAAACAUCUCCCACCCCCCUCCCCCCCCCGUGGCCGCCAUUUUUAAAUCUCCCAACGUAAAUAAACCCACGUGCCGCCCGCCCACACGCCGCCCGCCCCGCGCCGCACUCCAGGCUUUGGCAGUGUUCUUCGAUGAAGUUGGUUGUCCAAAAUGGGUUGCGCGCGCCUCCCACCGAAAUACACAAAGGUAGGUGGCGGUGUGGGUGAGGCGGCGGGAGGCUGAGAGCAGCACCAGGUGACGGGGGUGGCAGUGGUGGCGGCGGUGUCAAGGCGCCGCCGCCCCGCGUGUGUUGGUACAGAGUCUCCGCCGUUUUAUUUUCUCUGGACGAAAGAUUUGCGUGGCAGGCCGCGGCGCAGGCCAGGAAGCUGUGUUGCCUCGGUAGCCCUCGCGCUGCCGCCCUCCUUCCACUAACCUAAUGUAGGGUUAAAGACGCCUCCAAUUGUAUAAUUACGUGUACGCUAUCUCUUAGGUAUUGUUACGAGUAAAGUCAUCUUCGGGAGUGUUUCCAACAUUCCAGGGCAGCUUGUAUCAUAAGUGUAUAAUUCAUUGGCUUGGAACCUGCAGCAGCAGAGGAACAAAUAAUCAUCAUUGCAUGAUAUCAAUAAGCCAAUACUACAAUUAAGUACAGUUUAUUGUAAUUACUGCAAGUAUGGCAUAAUCAUAAACUAGGACUUGUUAAAAACUCAGAUUUUAAAGUUUGGACACGCUUUCAAUUUCUUGGACAGUACUCGCUAAAUAUUAACCUCAUGCUGCUGACAAUUCAAAAUUCAUGGAAGUUAAUAUGUAAGACAACAAGAUGAGACACAGUCAAGGAGCUACAUUCUGAAUUGGUUUUGCUCCCGCUGUUUGCUGUCGUGUCUUAUGACCUUCAAGGAGUCUCAGGUGUCCAGUGGAGGCCUAUACUGUAUACUUAGGGUAAAACUUAUUUUUUCAGUAAGGCUCUGUGGCACUUGUCUUUGUCCUCCUAACUUACCCCUCAUGAAUAAACACAAUAGUUAGGUCACCCAUGCUAGGUAUGGUCCUAUCACAUGGAAGGGGACAGGAAGGCCCAACAGGUGACGGUGUCAUUACAUGAAAAGAGGUUAGAUUCUUCUGGUUCUUGAGAAAGAGGCUCCAGACACACAGCAGAACCCAAGUAGGCUUACAGUGUCGUAAAGUGAACCCAGUGUUGAUUGUAAGUGAUCUUUAGCAUGUGGGGAGAUUGGAAAGUAAGGUUUGCAAAGUCAGUGAGAUUUAUUUGUACGGGAAUGUAGAAGAAAAGGUGCUAACCGUUGCUGCUUUUUGGCAAGUGUAAUUUUGUACUGCAUGCAUCCCACCUUAUGAUUAUUCAGUAUUACUGUCUUGUUCUUGCAUCGACAAUGGGUAACUGCUGACGGUCAAUUGUUGUCUGAAGGAUAUAGUAAUGCACAGAAAGACUACUGGUCAUGAUAAUCAUCCUGCCCUGUCAAAGAAAAUUAGGAAUCAGCGUAGGUGCCUAUCUCUAUAUAGCUCCAGAAAGUGAUAGGUGUUGCAUCCAUAUACGUAGAUGCCUUAUAACGCUAUGUUAAACAUUAUUAUAUGUUCCACCACCUGUCUAUAUUUUGCCCCAAACAUCAGUUUAUUUACUGGUACGGUUUGUACAUAUUGUAAGUAAAGUGCUUGUGUGCUUGAAUGUCAUGGGCGGCAAAUGAUGUGUGUGUGUGUGUGUGUGUGUGCAUGCGUGUGUGUGUGUGUGUGUGUGUGUGUGUGUGUGUGUGUGUGUGUGUGUGUGUGUGUGCAAGGGCCUGAGCUAGUAUGCUAAGGACAAGGGGUGUGAAUGCUGAGUCUGUGCUUCAUGCUGAGCUUCCCCAGCCUCCCCCAGAGGCUGUGCCAGGGGGGACACAAGACAGGGCCUUCUCCUUAUGUGGGCAAGGUCCCACAAUUAUUGAUUAUGUUUGUUUUCAUCUAUGUAUAUUUUUUCCUGGCCCAUUGUAUGUUGAUUACUUACUGACAUGUAUAUAUGCUACUUGAAUGUGUGCAUGUAAGCUGCAUACAAGUGUGCAUGCAGAUGUAUUGUGAAAUUAAACAAAAAUAUAAUAUUGUGAAAUGAUGUAUUAAAGUAUAAUACCAUUUGUAACGACUCACAAUAUAAAAAAAUGUAAUUACUACCUUUUAAGUAUUAUACCAGGAAUCCUGUAUGUCACACUUGCUCUCAGUUAAGAAAACUAAGCUUUAGUUUUAUUAAGCUGAUGAUUUGACAGCUUCUGACUGACUUGCUUUGCCUCCCGUGUACCGGCAUGGGACACUCACAUGGGUAACCCCCCCCCCCCCCCUCCACUACAGUAGGUUCUUAAUAAAUGCACACUCAUUUAAGUUUUCACUUAAAAACUCUUCACUUACUGAUACUUAUAUCAGUUUUCUCCCAUUAUUUGCAUAUUAUUUCUGAAUUUCCUAUUUGAAAUAUAAAACUUAGUCAUUACAAGUUUUUCAAACAAAAUCUGUUUACUAAAUUGAAAAUUAUCAAAGAUGAAAGAAGUCAGCAAAAGAUCCAUACGGUAAUUUUCAGCAAAUAAUGACAUUAAAUUUUUUUCAGAAGUCCUUUUUUCUUCAUAAGAGUGAUUUUUCCUGUAAUGGUCACAAGUUCUGUGGUAAGCCUUCUCUUUGCUUGUGAGUGAAGAGCUGGAUGUUACUUUGUUGCUAAGUCUCUGACUUCAAGGCAAUUUGUGAGCUACUGAAAACCCACCACAAAACACAUGUAUUGAGUUAUAAAAACUUUUGAUACUUGCACCUCCACCGAGAAGGUACAAGGAUUUCCAUAUUUUGUGAAUGAGUUAUAUUAUUUUGCAAUGUUUUGUUGAUUUUUGGGGUUCAAUAUUUCCUUGUUCUCUUCUGCUGCUGAGUUCAUCCCACCUACAUUUUUAUGUUCAUGUCCCGAGGCUGUAAACUAAAAAUGUUUACACCUGUGUAAAACUCAAAAGAAAGACGUUUAAUGUAAUGCUAAUUAUAAGUAAGUUUGGACCAUAUUUAGCCUGACAAAUAAGUAGUGCCUUCAUGAAAGUCGACAUGUUAAGAGAGCCAAGGCUGUAGAAAUCUCAUGUAAAUGGUCGUUUGUUUGGUGAGAGAAGUUAUUUUUGGAAGUAGCCAGUGCAAUAUUGGAUUUACAAUGAUUGAUAGCACCAUAAUGCCAUUCAGAAUGUUAACAACCCAUUCAGUGCUAUUUGGUUGAUUCAGGUUAUAAUACUUAAGCAAAACAAACAUGUAUUGAAAUUUUUAUGCCAUCAAUAGCCUACCCAUGUAUGCUACUUUGUCAUUAUAAUAUAUUUUUUAGGUUAUAUACACAAUCCUGUUAGUUGAAGUGUUGAGUUUAUCAGCUGGCAUUUCUAACCUGUGCCCUGCCCGUCCAGUGCCACUUUUGUGCGGGCGUUCUUGACCCAUUUAGAUCAGGCCCACCUUAUCAGUGCUCAUUGUCAAAUCUUCAGUCUUAGGCUAGCCCUGUACAUAUAUAACAUGAUGAUAUUAGUUAAUUUUGUAUAGCUGUCUCAUCCCCCCAUGAAUUACUACGGUACGUAUUUUUACGGAUGUAAAUAAAGAACCCAUCAAAUAAACUAUGCAAUCUUUAUAAUAAAACUACCACAAAGA